AUGAAGAGCGUCGUCUCUCGUGUGACACAGAAGGCGUUUUCUCACGCACGGGGAUUUCGUUCUAGUGGUCUUAUAACCAAUGUAAUAGCAGAAGAUCCUGCGAUGACACGUGUAUACGGUGGUCUUAAAGAUGAAGAUCGCAUCUUUACGAAUGUCUAUGGAGAAGACACUUGGCGUGUGGAUGGGGCAUUGCGUCGUGGAGAUUGGUACCGCACAAAGGAUCUUUUAUGUAUGGGUCCUGAAUGGAUUGUACAAGAGAUUAAAGACUCGGGUCUACGUGGACGUGGAGGUGCUGGCUUCCCAAGUGGUCUUAAAUGGUCGUUCAUGCCUAAACAGACAGACGGUCGUCCUUCUUUUCUUGUAGUCAAUGCUGAUGAGAGUGAACCAGGCACAUGCAAAGACCGAGAGAUUAUGCGAAAAGACCCACAUAAACUAGUAGAAGGCUGUCUUCUUGCUGGAUUUGCCAUGCGUGCGCGUGCUGCGUACAUUUACAUUCGUGGCGAGUUCUUUAAUGAGGCUUUGAUCCUUCAGGAAGCUAUUCAUGAGGCUUAUCAACGUGGAUUCCUUGGUGAAAAUGCUUGUGGAUCUGGAUAUGACUUUGAUGUGUAUCUACAUCGUGGUGCUGGUGCUUAUAUUUGUGGAGAGGAGACUGGACUGCUGGAGAGUCUGGAAGGCCGCCAGGGUAAACCUCGACUCAAACCACCUUUCCCGGCUAAUACGGGCUUGUAUGGAUGUCCCACGACGGUGACGAACGUGGAGACAGUGGCUGUGUCUCCGACGAUCCUACGUCGUGGGGGAUCGUGGUUUGCUAGCCUUGGACGUAAGAACAACCAUGGGACCAAGCUUUUCUGCAUCUCUGGACAUGUUAAUAAUCCAUGCAUAGUAGAAGAGGAAAUGAGCAUUCCUCUUCGUGAUUUAAUUGAUCGUCACUGCGGUGGCGUUCGUGGUGGAUGGGACAACUUGCAGGCGUGUAUCCCUGGUGGGUCUUCUGUCCCUGUGUUGGAUGAGGAAUUAUGCCAGGAUAUCAUGAUGGAUUAUGAUGAUUUGAAGCAGCGUGGUGGCUCCGGUCUAGGCACGGCGGCCGUCACCAUUUUUGACAAGAGUGUUGACAUGGUGGGUGCCAUCCGUCGGUACUCGCACUUCUACACCCACGAGAGUUGUGGUCAGUGCACGCCGUGCCGUGAAGGCACUGGCUGGAUGGAGAAGGUACUUACCCGCAUGGAGACGGGUGAGGCCGAACUUGAGGAGAUCCCGAUGCUGGAGGAAAUCUCGCGUCAGAUCGAGGGCCACACGAUCUGCGCUCUGGGUGACGCUGCCGCCUGGCCCGUACAGGGUCUGAUCCGCAAGUUUAAGCAUAAGAUUGUGGAACGCAUCGAGGAUCCGUCCAGCUUUAAGCCGGAAGAUCACUUUCAAAAGUCGUGGCCCGGUGCUCCCCUUGAGAACCAAACGUGGGUGGACAAGUUUUCCGACGGCUCGGCUUACAAGUCUGCGUAA